GUGAAGGCCAGGGCGGUACUGGGCAAAUGGCAAGCUGGAGUGGAGGAGAUCAAGAAAGCUCACCGUGCGAGAGACGUCGCUGGGCUGGCGCAGGCUUUGGCCCGCUUCCAGCACUCUGCGGAGGACGCCGAGGUUUCAGGUGCUCGCCAAGACCUCGAACGUUGGCGCCGGCUGGCUGAGGAGCUACCAAAGCUUCUGAAGGAUGCUUUGGAGCGCCGGGACGUGCCAAAACUGCGCGAGGCCAUGAGCGACAUGAGCAAGGACGGCCCAAAAAACAUCGAUGGAGCCGAAGAGGCAAAAAAGAUGAUCAAGAGGUACCAGAUCAGAGCCCGUGCGUUGGACCAUGCAGUCGGGGAAAGGAAGAUCUCCUCCAUCCAGGCUGCGUUGGCCACGUGGGACUUCAGCCGCGAUGACGUGCAUGCUGUCAAGGCGCGCCAGGCCAUUGCACGACGUGACCGUCAAAAGCAGAAGUUACAAGCGGCUGUCCAGCUGAAAGACGGGCCGCAUCUGGCAAAGGUCACCCAGGAGUGGGAGUUUGAUCGCAAUGAUGAGGACUUCCAGCAAGCCAUGGAGGCAUUGAACCGAUACGAUAGGUUGGUGGAAGAUGUCGAGAGGCUGAUGGGACCGCCGAUGGACAUUGUUGCCCUUGCAAAUGUCCUGGACAACUGGGAGUGGACCAAAGAUGACCCCGUUCAUCUAGCUACCGUCAAGAAGAUCUCGGAGCAUGAGAACGCCGCCCGCAACGCUUUGCAAGCCAAGGAUGGCUGGAAACUCCAACGAAUUUGGCAGUUCAAUGAUGUCAAGAAGAAAGGAGCUGCACCCUCGGUGCUGCAACAGCAGAUGGCUGGCAUCAAAUGGAAAGCAACGGUAGCCAAAAAUCGCUACAGGGAAGCGACGGAAGCCCUGCGUGAAGCCAUCCGUUCGGCCGUGGAAGAGGCGGAGUUCAUGCGCACUGAAGCUAUGCAGGAGGUUCAGGUUCCUGGCGAUGAGGAGGCGCUGCAAGCUCCGCACGAGAACGUGUUGAUGAGCCUGGCACGGUUCUCCACGACGGGGGUGCCUCCCAAGGAGAACGAGUUGCGAAUUCUUGUGGAGAAUUGGCCGUUCAGCCUCGACGACCCAACCUUGCAGAUGGCCUCUCACUGGAUAGCUUCGAGAGGUUUGCUGAAGACUUGCUCGCUGCGAUAUUUGGACAUCGCUUUGCAUGGUGGGCAUACGGUCAGCAUCAUGAAAGCCCUUGGGCGUGCUUCUGCAGUGGCUGUACCUCCACGCAUAUAUCACAAGUUCAUCCGGCUGCCGGACAACAUUCUGCGCGCUAAGGAGGAGUGCCUCAUGCGCGAAGCGACAGUGCAGGCUGUGGGCGCCAUGAGCCUUGGCGUUGAACCAGACGAUCUCAUGAUGGCUUCAGCAUUUGCGAAAGAGCUGGCAGACAAGGCCAAGCUGGUGCGCAUGGCCGUUUCCUGCAUCGAGGCCGGUCGCAUUCCCACCCUACGUGCGGCAUCAAAGCCGCCAAGGGUGGUGCACGGUGUCAUGGAGACGAUUUGCCAUUGUGUUGCCGGCAUUCACCCGGUUGUGCGUGAUCCGCCACGAGAUACCGGCUGGAGGACCUGCCAGCGCAUGAUGAACAACCCGAAAGUUCUGAUAGAGAAUCUGACCUCGCUUCCAGAUUGGCUUGCGUCUGGCCGAAUUGAGCCAAUUGAACGAGCCAAGGCUCACUGGGCCAAGGUGCAGGCCGAGGUAGGCGGCCGGCCGCAGGACUGCUCCGUGGAGGCUGUUCGUCGGCACAGCAUCCUAGCUGGACAGUUCCUCCUCUUCUUGGACCAGACAUUCGGCUUCUUUGAGUUGCUUAGCCUUGCAAGCGUGGCUCCUGAGAAGCGCAAAGGCACGCACGAAAUUGCGAGAGACGCGGAUGCGCAGAGGCUUUCAGAUCUCCAGGCAGUCUUCGUCAAACUCCGUGAGGAGGCACAGAACGCCCCGGAAUUUGCUGGGCAGCCACUGUGGUACUACGUCCUGAACAAGGCAAAGGGCUCCUUGGGCAGUGACAUGCUCUUCAGCGCAGCCUGGGCUGUAGCCGGCGGAACUGAUGACUGUGUGGAGGAGUGUGUAGACCGGGCUCGGCUGCAAGUGGUGGAAGCUUUGGCGGUGACAUCUGUGUCAAAUGCGGUCCUCAGUAAUGUCUGCCGGGGCCUACGGCCGCCUCCACGUGAGGUGUUCAAUCCCAGCGAACCUCGCAGGAGCUCAAAGUUCUUGACCCAGCUGAACCAAACUGACGUCGGUGCCAAAGCUUCAUUUCACAGGGCCAACAAGAUGACCGAGGUCUCGCGAGCCUUCAAGCACAAUCAGACGGCGGCAAGGGAGGUGGACGUGCUGAUCAUCAGAAUUACCGGCGAGGAGGCCGCGCUUCUGCACAUGCCCAUCAGCUCUACGGUGAAGGAUGUUCAAGAUCGCCUUGCUGCAAUCGAGAAUGUGCCGGUUCAUUGGCAGGUGCUUCUUGUUGAAAACAGAGAGCCUUCAGCCAACACCCUUGUCAAGAAUCUACGGAGGGACAGGGAGAGUGUAGUGUUCUGUACCCUCUACUACAGGUCUGACGAUUUGGUCCACCGAAUUGAGGCGGCAAUGCUAAAGAUUGCGCAGUGCUCGCAGCUGGACCUGGAUCUGCCGUCGCUCAUGGGCGGGCAACUCGCAGAUCCUGCUAUCUGCCUCAUCUAUGGCACCAGCAUGUUCGACACCACAGUAGCACGCCCCGGUGGUGGUGAGCGACGUCAGGGUGGCCGGCGGGUGGCAAUCUCUGUGAGGAAGAACGAAACAGUCAAAGCUCUCGGCGACAACGCAGCUGCUCCUCCUGGUGAGGUCGCAGCAGUCAGCCCCCAUGGCCGAGAGAGAAACACGCUCCGCGCAUUCAGUCCUCCAUCCCCUCGCAAGCAGUCGCUCCAGCUGACGAUGAUGGACAUCCUUCGCACAGUGACAGAGCUUCUCCGUGGACAUGCCUGGGGCGUGCCGAGAUCCGGCCAGUAUGCUGUGCAGGUGGACACUCCCUGGCAGAUGCAGGUGGUGUGCGAGAUCCUAGAGUUGAGCUCAAGCCUGCUCAAAAAGCCUUUGGUGCCACAGGCCAACCUCAGUACCGCCCUUCGUCUUCUGCAGGAGCUUGAAGAGGCUGGACUUCCUGCAAUGUACCAGCCUGACUUCAUUGCGCACCGGAGACGAUCCCAAGGUCACAUUCCAGGAUCCAAGCCGACAACACCUGGGACUCCUGACAAGCCUGGGUCACACCACAGCGAUCGGGACCGGGAACUACCUUUCUCGAAGCGCGAAACCUCUGCGGAGGGAUGGCGGCGUGACAUGACGGACAGCCCUGCCUGGGGAAGGCGGGAAACCUCCCGUGAGCGUGAUGAACCAGCCUGGCGUCGAGAUUUGAUGGCCAUCCAGGACUCAUCGUCUCCGCCUCCCGUGAGGGAGGCGGACUACCAACGAGGCCUUCAUGCUGUGAGCGCCUUUGUCAAAGCCAUGCAGGAUUUUUAUCACGAGUUCGUGCCUCUUCGCGCCUACGCCGUGGCAAACAUGUCUUUCUGCCUCCAGGCUGAGAAAGCCUACAAAGAGUCAACCAAGGUUCUUCGCGUGUCCUCUGAUCUGGAGAGCAUGUGUACCCUGCCGCCGGACUGUACAAACGUGGAUGCUGUCCAGGAGGCAGCCAACCUUGCCUGCAACCAGUUGCAGGCGAUGGCAGAGCAGGGUCUCCCGAUCGUUUAUCCGCACGUGGAGUACGUGCGUUGUGCAAUCGAUAGUGCUGGGCUCGCCUACCUCAACAGCCCCCCUGCUGCAGAGCCAGCACAGCGCCUUAGGUGGGCUGAGGCCAUCAUGUCCAUCCAGCUGGCACCACUUCCGUCCUUCGACAUGACCCUCAAGCGAAUUGCGAGGUCCAUCGAUGAAGAACAGCUCGCCGAGCUCGCUGCGAGCCCCGACCCGCCAGAGCACAUGCAACGUGGCGCUUUGGGCACUGGCAUCGAACGGCUUUUUGCAGCUUUGGCUUGGGUCUUGGACCCGCAGUGCAACUGCGAUCGGCGCUGGUCGCAGUCCCGGCAGCUGCUGGUUGAUGCAGAAGGCAGCCGCAUGGGUCCAACAAACGCAGAGCAUAUGAGGUCAGCGCAGUGCUCGCGCACAGCUUUUGCGGCAGUUUCCUCUUCCAGCACAGCUGCCAAAGCUGAGGCUCUUCGUGCCUUGGGCCUCGACUAUGUCCCGCCUAUGGAAGAGCUGCGGCGUACAUUCCGCCGGCUGGCGGCACGAUCACAUCCUGACGUUCAGGGUGGCAGCGAUGAGUCCUUCCGGAGAGUUGUUGAGGCAUACCGCAUUCUGCAGGGAUUAGAUGAGAUGGAACUCCUCUCUCCGGGAGAAGGGGCUGAUCAAGCUGAUGCCGUGGACGAGUUUCUCGCUGACUGGCUGGGCAAAGAUUCAGCUAUCCCUGGCUGGGGCAACUUCGCUCAGAUUGAGAGAGACACCGAUGAUGAUGGCUGGGCUGGACGUGCCCCUGUCCUGAAUACCUUUGUCAAGAGGCACGAUGCAGCUGUGGAGGGACUCGUCUCUGAAGGAUCCAUUGUGCUCUUUCGUCUGCUUCAGCCGCAGAGAGGCUUCGGAUGGGGUAUCGGCCAUGUUGUGGCUGUGCAGGUGAAUUAUAGCAGGAAUGGGCCCAACGGUCUACUGCAUGUGCAGCCUAUGUACUUGCGGGAUGCCGGGAGAGGUGUUGCAGUACUGGAGGAUGAUUGGGAGGCUGAAAUCGCCAUCACGCGAGCGACAGAUCGGCUGGAGGUCCUGGAUGCUGGGCUCCAAAAGGACGGCACAUUGCAACUGGAGGAUCCCAGCCGUGCGUACACGCGAGCAGUUCUGUCCGGCAUGGUCCUGUUAGAUGGUUGGGAUGCGGAGUAG